UGUCACAAACACAUUGGUCAGUCAAAAACAGAGAGAGAGAGAGAGAGAGAGAGAUUUGACAAAAGGCCUUGAUGCGAACUCCUCACAUGGAAUGAUGGAAUGGCCUUCUCUCUUCUCCAGUCUCUCAAAACCACUGCACUCUCCCUCGCUCUCAUCUCCACACUCCUCUUCUUCCUCCUCAAAUCCCAACCUCACACCUCUUCUUUUCCCACAAUCCCCACCAGAUCCCUUCUCACAAAACCAACCACAUCACCACCACCACCACCUUGCUCCAAAUCCCACUCCAACACUUUCCUAAACUACUCUUGCCUCUUCACCCAAAACCCAUUUCUCUCCAUCCCUUCUCUCUCCCUCCUCAUCCUCCUCUUCUUCUAUAUCCUCAUCAAAACCGCUCAAGACCACUUCUCCAUUGUAACUACCAAACUAACUAACCAACUGAAUCUCUCUCCCACUAUUGGUGCUGUUACUCUUUUGGCCUUAGGCAAUGGCGCCCCUGAUGUCUUCGCAUCGGUCGCCGCGGUCCGAGGUGGCCAGUACCGAACUGGGUUCGGAGCAAUACUCUCUGCGGGGACCUUUGUCUCUGCUUUUGUUGUUGGUUUCGUGGCAAUCUACGCCGCACCCUUUUCGUUGAACCCUGUGACUUUUGUGAGGGACGUGUUGUUUUACUUGGUGGCGGCAUUGUUUUUGUUCUAUGUGUAUCUUAGUGCCGAGAUUUUUCUGUGGCAGGCUGUUGGGUUUGUUGGGUUUUAUGUGUUUUUUGUUGGGAUUGUGUUUUGGAUGGAUUUUGGAUUGGGUGGAGGGAGGAGGAAGAUCGGGGCUGAGGUGGGUUUGGUUGGGGAAGGUGAGGUGGAGAAGGUUUUGGUUGAACAAGACUGCGAGAUCGGAGAGGUUUCGAGGAAUUUGGAGGAAGUGAAGCCAAGGUUCGGGUUCUGUCGAGCUCUUGGAAUGAUCUCAAAAGCAUGGGAACUUCCAGUCAUGUUUCUAUUAAAGCUCACUAUUCCUCAAACCACACCUUCAGAAUGGAGCAGGUUCUAUGCAUCAGCCAAUAUUGUUCUUUGCCCCCUAGCUCUUUUAUAUGCUUGCAAUUCAUUCAUGCCAUUUGAUCAUCCAAUUGUUUUUCUCCUUCCCCAAACCCAUUUCCCUCUCUGGUUUAUAUUACUAUUUGCUAGCUCCUCGCUUGCAGUGCUUCACUUCAUAAUAGAAAAAGAGCCCCCAAAAACUGAGCAGAUACCUGUGCUGCUCAUAGCAUUUGUCAUGAGUGUGUUUUGGAUAUCCACUAUUGCUGGGGAAUUGCUGAACUGCCUUGAAGCACUUGGAUCACUUCUUGAAUUGCCGCCAGCACUUCUUGGGCUCACAGUACUUGCAUGGGGAAAUUCAGUGGGGGAUCUAGUUGCAGAUGUGGCAGUUGCCAAAGCUGGUCAGCCUGCAAUGGCCAUGGCUGGCUGCUUUGCUGGGCCAAUGUUUAACAUGCUUGUUGGGCUUGGAACAGCUUUGGUGAUACAAACUGCCGAUGUUUAUCCAAAUGCUUAUGAGCUCCAUUUUCAUUUGGGAAUUGUGACUGCAUUUGUCUUCCUGUUACUGAGCUUGAUGGGGUCUCUACUGGUGAUUAUUUGGUACAGAUUCCGGGUGCCUAGGUUUUGGGGGUUUUGUCUUGUUGGUUUGUAUAUUCUUUUUAUGGCCGUUAGCUUAAUAAUUGCCAAGUUUUCUGGGUGAAUUGUCUGAGAUAUGACCGAUAGAGUAUGUUGAUAAAUGCCAACUAAUGUGAGAGGAUGCAGCUGCUACCUCUUGGGUAUCUGCUUGGUAAACUAGGAUUGCAGCUAACGAGGAAGAAUGGAAGGAUCGAGUAGACUGCAAAUUGAAGAUAGGUAGAGGUUAUAGGUCGGAUUAAUUAAUUAAUUUUUUUCCACUACAUAGAUUAGAUGAUUCUUUUUGCAUUGACUACCAAAUCUUUUUAUGAUUUAUAUCAGAAUUAUCCUUGUC